CCAGCCGCACGGUCGUCCUCAGCGGUGGGCUCGGCCCCGCCGCGCUGCCCGGCGGCAUGGCCAGCGUGGGCGUGGCGCCCUUCGUGCACGCCAGCCCCUGCUCGACCCCGCAGCCCACGUACGGACGCCUCAGCACCACGUACGCGGCGGCGUCCAGGGCGCAGGCGUGCCACGGCAGGCCCAGCGCAGUGGGCGGCGAGUGGCGCUUCCGCUCCGCCUCCCCGGGGGCCGCAGCCGGGGGCGGGCGUUGCAGCCGCGCCGCCGCACCCGAGGCCCGCGGCGCUUCGGGCGAGGUGCCAGCGCUGGCGGGCACCGGCUCGUGGGAGCUCGAGCGGGAGCAGGAGGAGCUCAAGGAGCAGCUCAAGACGAUGCGAUCUCAGCGGCGGAACCGGGCGCUGCGGGGGGAGCUCGAGGUGGAACGGUUGCUGUCGGAGCUGCAGGCGCUGCAGCAGAAGGAGCAGCACGCGCUGCGGCGGGAGGGGAGGGCGGACGACCUCCUCUGGCGCGAGGAAGUGCGCCUGGAAGAGGAGAGCGCUGCCUCCUCCAGCAGGGAUCAGAAGACCAGACAUCAGCAUGCAGAUCGUAUCGUG